AGUAUCUGCGCGAUCGCACUUCACCAGUAACAGGAUGCUUUUCUUCUCGAGACAAGCACUCGAACCGUUCGGAUAGUGACAGUCGACUGAACCACAGCCAGGACCGAUCGUCAUCGUUCGACGGGAGAGACCUGCAGCUUAAACCGGAUUCCUGUGGCGCUCAGAACGAGUUCCGGCACCGUGACGAUAUGCACGCACAGGAAUAUAGAACGGCCAAGUUGCGACGUUGGAGGACAUUCAGGGCGUGACGUAGCAGUUGUUUACGUGUUGUUGCCAGGACGGGGAAAAAAAGCGUCGAGAAUGCUCCGAACGGGCACUCUUAGUUGCUGGUGAUAAACAACAUUCGUGGAGAUGGUUGUUGUUGCUGACCAUCGCUCGAUCAGGGUACGAUCGUUGAAGUUGCAAACCGACUAGUUUGACUGAGAAAUGCUGACUCACGUCUCAUGCCCGGCCAAUGCAUCGAUCAUUCAGUAAUAGAAUAUAUUUCGGUGAAGUUCGAGGUGAAAUUCUUCUUUUAAUCCUGCGAUGCUGUUUUUACAGAUAAGAUAGUGAAUAUUGUCUGUUUGCUUUUCGUUGCGAUAAGAUGGUGAAAUUGAAUCACCCUUACGCACACAACCGUACAUUCGAACCGGUGUAGGGUCAAAUCUUGUCAAUCCAGUUUGGCCGAACCGACUCAACCGCUAUCGGUGUCAAAGGUGGUUCACGUUCCGUUUCUGCUUACGAUCGAACAAGUUAAUGUGCGAUCGGACGUUGUGAACCAUUGCACGCUUAACAAUCAACAACAUAUUACUACAACAUAGUGCUUUGGGUGAAGUUGGUUUUGAUUCAUUUUAAUCGGUGUUUUGUGCAGUGUUCCAGUGUAUAGUUCGAAGUUUAAAGUAUUUAAAAUGAUCGGAAACGCUAUAAGAUUAACAGUUCUUACCUUGUGUUUAUUUGGAGUGAUAUCAACGAUCAGUGGACAAACAUCCCCAACGAUGGUGAACUCGGGAAAUCGCCCCGUUGUGCUGGUAACGAACAAGGAAACACCGGAAAAGGGCAUCAACAAACUGAAGCAAAAAUGUGAUGUGAUCUUCCCCAAAAGUCAUCCGGCAACACGCGAUGAAAUUCUGGAACUGGCGGGCCAGGUCGACGGGAUACUGUGGGUUGGCCAUAUGGCGCUAAACGGCGAGGUGCUGGAUCGGGGUGGCGAACGGCUGAAAGCUAUCUCCACGAUGUCAGCCGGCAUGGAUUACGUCGACAUCGACGAGUUUCGGAAGCGCAAGUUCCCGCUCGGCUACACCCCGAUCGUGCUGAAUGAUGCUGUAGCAGAUUCUGCCAUCGGGCUAAUGAUUGCAGCGGGCCGUCGGUACCACGAGGGUCGGCUGGCCAUCGAUCAGUCACAGUGGAAGGGUGGCCCACAGUGGCUGCUCGGGCAAGACAUUAAGGGCAGUACGGUGGGCAUCAUCGGCAUGGGUGGUAUCGGGCAAACGAUCGCCAAGCGGCUACAAGGGUUCGACAUUGGGCAGCUGCUGUACUCGGGCCGCCGCCCCAAACCGGAAGCCGAAGCACUCGGUGCGAAGAUGGUGCCCCAGGACGAGCUGCUGCAGGAGAGCGAUUACGUGUUCAUCGCCGUUCCGCUUACCAACGAAACGUAUCACAUGAUAAACGAGACUUCGCUCAGCAAAAUGAAGCGUACGGCCGUACUGGUGAACGUGGCGCGGGGCGAUAUCGUCGAUCAGAAGGCGCUGGUAGCGGCGCUCAAGAAUGGUACGAUCUUUGCGGCCGGAUUGGACGUAAUGACGCCCGAACCGCUGCCAGCGGACGAUGAGCUGCUGAGCCUCCCGAAUGCAGUUGUCAUUCCACAUCUAGGAUCUGCAACGGUUCAGACGCGCAACAAUAUGGCUGAAAUUGCAGCCCUUAACGUGCUGGCGGGAAUAGCCAACACGCCCAUGUUUUCUCCAUAUCCGUAUUAAAUUGUUUAAGCAAACCCUUUUUUUUUUUUGCAACAUGCGUACCUGCAUCUGGUGCGCCCUAUCCUAUACCUAGCAUGGGCAACUGUACGAAUUAAGGCAGAGAACUGCGGUUCCUCGAAAGCAAAAGGUAAACAUUUAAAAAAGGCUACUCUAAUAUCACUCUUUGAGGCAACUAAUGAAACCAAAUUAGUUAUUUAGAAAUGAAUUUUAUGUUGGACGUGACGCAAUUCGGAACAUUCACUAGUGUACGACUGAUUAUGCAGAUAGUUUUUAUACAAAAGGGCAAGGAAAUAAGAAAUGCAACCUUACACUAGUAUUGUAUUGCCAUUAAAGUGCCUUUUCUUCGUGGUAA